AUGAGGUAUGCUCAACUAGUUAUUGGUCCGGCUGGGAGUGGUAAAUCUACGUAUUGUUCUACUGUAGUUCAACAUGCAGCUGGUUGCAAUAAAACGAUUGAAGUUGUGAACUUAGAUCCAGCAGCUGAAUUUUUCACUUAUGAUCCAAUGGCUGAUGUUCGAGAAUUAAUACAUGUAGAUGAUGCCAUGGAAGAUGUGGAUUUGAAGUUUGGACCGAACGGAGGAUUAAUAUUUUGCAUGGAAUAUCUUGUUGAAAAUCAUGAAUGGCUACGUGAAAAGCUUGGGGAUGGUGAUGAUGAUUACAUUCUUUUUGAUUGCCCUGGGCAAAUCGAACUAUAUACUCACAUGACUACCAUUAAACAUCUCGUUGAACUUCUUCAAAAUUGGAACUUUCAGAUUUGUGCUGUUUUCUUGAUUGAUGCUCAGUUUAUGGUGGAUGGUGCAAAAUUUAUUUCUGGGACAAUGUCUGCCUUGUCUGUGAUGGUUAAUUUAGAACUCCCUCAUGUUAACAUAUUGAGUAAAAUGGAUCUUCUUAGUAAAUCUGCAAAAAAUAAGUUAGAUAAUUUUCUUGAUCCUGAUCCACAUUACCUCAUAGGAGAAAUGGAAUCUAGUUCUAAGUGGAAUCUAAAGUACAGGACAUUAACUGAAUCUAUAGGAAGGAUAAUAGAAGAUUAUAGCUUGGUUAGGUUUUUCCCUCUGAAUAUUAAAGAUCACGAGUGUAUUUCUGAUUUACUUCUCACUAUAGAUAAUAUAAUUCAGUAUGGAGAAGAAGCUGAUGUAAGAACUCGAGAUUUUGACCCUCCUGAACCUGAGGAUGAAGAUUGUGAUUGAAUCAUGAUUCUUUUUAAUAAGUGGUAAAUUUGAAAUGGGUGAGUGCUUUAAUCAGUUAACUGUUUGUAAAAAUUGGAGUACUUUUUAUCUGUCUUAAAUUUAUUCUUUUGAGAUGAGGAAAUUAAAUUUUGUUAAUAGGUCAAUAUUAUCAAAAAGUAAAUUGUUAUUUAAUUAAGAUGGAGACAUAAUUGACUGGAUAAUUUUGUUGGGAGUUGCAGUGAGCGAAAUAAAAAAAAUAUGUUUUCUACCUGUUCUUUGUUCUCUAAGCACAAAGAGAUAUAAGUAUAUGUAUAUAUACAUGGACUAUGUAUCUUAAAAUUUUAUUUUUAAAUGAUGAUCACAAGUGAUCCCAAGAUGGCUAUGAUGUCCUAGUGAUAUUUUGUUUUCAAUGGAUUAGAAAGUAUUCUCUGAUUAAAUCACGUUUUUAAUAUAAUUGAAUGUACAGUAAUGUGUAAUAAAUAUUUUUGAUAAAG